AGAUGAAGCAAGAUUACGACGCCUUACUAACAAAGCACGAUAUUGAAGUUGUCAAAAAUUCUGAGCUGUGCAUCCAGAUAUACCAACAGAAGGAAGACAUUGUUUCUAUCACUGCUAAACACAAAGAAGAAACUGAGAAGAAUUUGAAACUUUGUGAGCGUAUUAAGAGCUUGAAAUCCGAACUCGGCGGCGUAAACAAAAAUAUUAAAGAUAACAGAGAGAAGAUCAAUACUAUGAUAUCCGACUAUGGGCAAUGUCUUGAGUCCUUAGACAGAGCCAUCAAAGAUCUUGAACGUGAUAAUGUUCGCCUGAAACAAGAAUUAGAAAAUAAAAAUUCUCGAUCACAGAAACAAGAACUAGAAAGUGAAAGGCCAUCAAACAAACAACCAGAAAGCGUUUCUGAACCGCGAAAAAUGUCCUUCGAAAAGCAAAUGAUCUCGAUGAACCGAUUGAAGGAAAAGGCGGAAACUUUGGCAGAAGAGCUUCAAAGAGAAAAAUUACUAAAAUACGAUAUGUCGUUAAAGCUGUCCGAAAGUAAAAAGAUUCAGCUUCAAGCAAUUGAGGAACGGAACCAAGCUAAGAAUCAGUUAUCGCAGCUUCAAAAUAAAGUAGACGAGUUAGCGCAACAUGUGAAUCAUUUUGAGCAACAGGAAAUUCAGUUCAAAAAACAGAUAGAGGAGCUACAAUUCAAAUUGUUACAAAGAGAGACUCACAUAAAAUUGAACGUUGAUACGAUCGAGGAGGUAAAAGCCAGAGCUGAAAGCUUGAAGAGGCAGCUCGAAGAAGCUGACUUGCAAAAGAAUCAGAUUCUGGUAGAACUGUCUAAUAAGAAUAGUCUUUGUAGUAGCUUGCACUUCCAAAAUGACAACCUGAAUCAUCUGUUGGAAGUUUCAAGCAAAACAUGCGCCGAAUUCAACACAAAACUAAAUGAACAGAGCUUGUUGCUGCAAAGAUAUAACGCCACGAUUACAAAUCUGUCGCAAGCCCUAUCUGACAAGGAUACAACAAUAGAUAGUAUCAAAGCUAGUGUGGCAGAAUUACAACAAAAAGUGAACAAUCAAGGUAUAGAACUUAAAGACAAGGAAAAGGCUUUCGCUAAGUUAUUGGAGGAAAACAAUAAGUUACAGGAGAUCAGGUUGUUGGAAAAAGAUACGCAGAACAUGAAAGAGACGAUUGAGUCAGGAAGGAGUACAUUGAGGGCUUUGGAUGAAGACGUGAAUGAUUUGAAUCAUCAAAUCAGUGACGCUAAAGGAGAAUUGACUAUUAUACAAAGUGAAAUAGAAGCCAAAAUUGAGUUAAUCUAUCAAUGCAACGAUGCAUUAUCAAGGACAUUUUCGCUUCUUCUAGAAAAAUGGGGAAACAAUCUUCAAAGUGACUCGGCUGUCUUGCCACAAAUAAAGGAAUGCCAAAAAUCAGUUAUAGGGCUACAUGAUUUAUUUAGUAAUAUCUCAAAUUUUAAUAUGAUGCUUCAAACACUGAAAAGCAAAAUCUUAUCUGAUCCAGCUGACAAAAGUUUGGGUUGUCAAAAGCUGCAGUCGAUUUUGGCUGAUUCAAAAACUGUGAAAAAAUUCACGCUACGUCCUGUCCGCUUCUCAGUGAGAUCGGUAAGCCCAGAUUCUUCCAGUUUAGAAACAGGCGGCAAUGCACCAGCUUUUGUUCCAAUGCUCAAUAGCAGUUUUGCAAACCAAAGUGGCAUCAAAGAAGAAUCUAUUAUUGUUAAUAGGGUAUCCUUGAGUCCUGACAGCCAAGCUUCAAAAAGUCGCGCUUCAGAAUCUAGAGAUAGCAGUAUUUGCGAGAUUCGUAGUAUUCCAGAGAUUUGUUUCCAAUCAAACUUCAUAUUCCCACAUGUGACUGAUGCUUUCCUUGAAAAGUUGGGAAUUGCAGAAUAUUCUUCCACGAUGAGCUUAUCUAGACCAGAAAUAGAGAAAAUCUUCAUUUUGCUUGCUUCUCAAAUAAAUUUGGAUUCUGUAGAUAUUCAGGAAAGGCUACUUCAGCAACAAGAACAAUGUGAGCAGUAUCACAGAAACUGCUUUUGCUUGUUGAAUGAGAUAUCGGUCGGCCUGAGGGAGCACAGAUGCACAGCGGUAGGUUCAUUAGAAUCGGCCUUAGACUUGUUACAAAACCUUAGUGAACAUUUUCAAAAAACAUUGAAGUCUGCUGGCCAAAUGGGAAUGCUUACAUGUGAAAACCGAAUGGCAACAUGCUGGAAGCUGGUUACGAAUUAUAUAUCUGUGCUAAGAGAAGAUAAGGCGGCAAUCCAAAUUUCACGUCAAGAAAAGCAAACGGACACGGAAGACUUAACAAUUAGUAGAAUGUUCUCCAAACCUAAGAAAUCUUCUGAUAGCAGGCAUACAUUGUGUGACUCACUAAAGAUGGCAUUCCUUUGGACUGUUUUACUGGUACUGUUUUUGUUAGGAUUGGUUGCAAUUAAUUAUCAUUGUCAAAUUUAUGGGGACCAACAAAUUUGUUCUUAUUUUGACUUCUUCAUACAGAGGAUACAGUUAGGUAACCCUCCAUAUUAAGAUUACUGUUAUUUUCUGUCUUGUCCAUGAUGUAAAUUACUUAUUUUUAGAUUACUUGUACAUGCGUUUGUUACAUUUUUGAAUAAACUACUAUUUAUGACGAGCA